AUGGCAAUCCUCAAGCACUUCCGGGCGAAGUCUCCAGACGUUGUCGUCCAUGACCACGAAGUUAUCUGCAUUAGCGACGACGACAGCAAUGACGGCGACGACGGCAAUGACGGCGACGACAGCAAUGACGAAUGCGACUUCGAAGAUGUUGAAGUCGACGUGAUGGCCAACGUCGAGUACACUGAGGCCAGGUUCGAAGAAGCUGCGGACGCCAACGACGAAACCACGGUUGACGGGGUCGGCAGAGACGCCCGGUCUCAGAGUGGUGUCACCGGCGGCCUCCCUCCCGAGGAAGAGGGUGCUUUAGAAACGGAGGAUGAGGGCAUUGCCACCGAUAUCGCACCUCAUGACGACGCCGCUGGCGGCGAUUGGGAUCCAGAUGACGAUGAGGCUUCAAGGACGGAAUCCGUCGACCUCGAUCAAGAUGAGAGCAAUGCCUCUGGCUUUCCAGAUGGCACUUGCACCAGCUUGAGGGACAUUGUCGUCGAGCUCGGCGCUCUCCGCGACCGCGUUGCGCACCUGGAAGCCCAGCAACAUGUUCACUCUGUUUGCCAGGCUCCGAGCACAUCGAAGACGCGGCAUCGGACGACCUCGGCAAGGCCCAGGGCCAAGAGGCGCAAGGACAGCAGCAUCGUCAACAUCUCGGCAACACGGGCCUUUGUGCAGUAG